AUGUCCAAUGUCAGCCCUGUUGCGGAGCUGCUUGGACAGGCGCUCUACCAUUACGAGAAAUUGAGACCUCUUUUUCCUACCUAUGGACACCUCAUCAUUUCCGCUGUUUUCCCAAUCUGGAUCGGUUCCCAUGCAUCGUUGACCAAACCUUCGUCCGCCGCCAAACCUCCCAAGAAAGACCAGAAUGAAUAUGAAGACACCGAGGAGGAGGUGGGACCAGGUCCGCUGCAGAAGAUGGAAGGACUUUCUCCAUCAGAUGCUUUGAUGCUUCCAGUGACUGCCGGACUUACCCUCAGUGGUUUAUAUUUCGUGAUCAAAUGGUUGGAAGACCCGGCUAUCCUGAACAAGGUCCUCAGCUUCUACUUCUCCCAAAUGGGGCUUUUUUUCGCCUUCAGCUUUUUGAAAGAUGUCCUUAUGAUGAUUCGGUCAUUUGUGUUCCCUCGGCACUAUACCCAAGGUGGACAGCUGUGGAAGGUGUCACAGUCAGAGCGCAAGUUCAUCGCAGCUGGGAACACUUCAGUCAAGUCACCGUCUGUCCGGUAUUCACCACUUGCUGGAAUCUGGGGUCUGAUCCCACUUCCAGGUAUGGCAGCCACGCUGAUUUGGAAAAGCCGAAAUGCAUCCUACCAGCGGCUGCAGAUAAGGGCCCAGGUACGAGGUUUAUUCGACUGCAAGUUCCUUGUUGGUCUCAUUGAUGUACUGAGCGCACUACUUGCAUUUUCAGCUGUGGGAUAUUUCGCCUUUGUCGCAAAGCUUUGGUGGUUGACCAAUUUCCUCGGAUUCUGCUUCUGCUAUGGUACUCUUCAGGUCAUGUCACCGUCCACCUUUUGGACGGGCACUCUCAUCUUGGGUGCGUUGUUUUUCUAUGACAUCUACUUCGUCUUUUUUACCCCAUUGAUGGUGACUGUUGCGACCAAGCUGGAUGUACCUAUCAAGCUGCUUUUCCCCCGCCCGCCAAAUGCCAAUGAUGAUCCUAGUAUCACACCGCUGGCAAUGCUUGGCCUGGGUGAUAUCGUGGUCCCAGGAAUGGUUAUGGGACUGGCACUCCGAUUCGAUCUUUUCCUCUAUUAUCAACAUAAGGGCGCACAAAAGGCACAGGUUGAAGGGUCGGACCCCGCUGCCGUCAAGCCCGAAUAUCAAUCCCCAACUGGAGCCUGGGGAGAGCGCUUCUGGGCCCCGUCACCCAAGCCAGAGAAACCAGAAUUCCAGCCACCUUAUUACGAUGCUCGCGCGUUCCCCAAGACAUACUUCAAGGCUAGCGUGAUUGGCUAUGUUGUCGGAAUGGUCACGACUCUUCUUGCGAUGCAAUACUCAAACCAUGCUCAACCCGCUCUUCUUUACUUGGUUCCAGGCGUCUUAUCCUCUCUUUGGGGCACUGCACUUAUCCGGGGUGAAAUUCAGUCCAUGUGGCACUUCUCCGACGAAGAAGAAGUGGAAGCCGACGAUGAAAAGAAGGAGGCUAAAGAGGAGCCCUCCACAAAAAGCCAGAAGAGUCUGCUUAUGCGUCUUUUCUCUAGUGAAAUCGAUACCCUUGCAUCAAAAGACAGCGACUCCCAGUCUAAGAAGACCGAAAAGAAGAAGACCGACGACUCAAAGUCGACGAAGGCCAGAAAGGCGGAAAAGGACAAACAAAAGGAGAAUUUUGACCUAAUUUCUUUUUCCGUUUCAUUCCCGCGGAAGCACAAAAGCAAGAUCGAAGCUACUUCGUCCGAAAGCCUUGACGACGAGGUGGACAAGGUUACGCAGGUCUAUCUGAAUGCCGAUGGGGACAACGAGCCUCCGCUCAAGAGAAGACGGCGCAGCGUGAAGAAGCCAUCGAGCGAGUGA